AUGAUUAAUUUACAACCUACUAUUGGUCAUAUUAAAAACGGGUCCUUAGUAGAAAUAUUUCAAACAUCUGAAAAUCCAUUUAGAACAAAUUUUAUUGAAUGUCUCAAUCAUGAUAGACCAUCAUGUAAUGGUAUCAAUAAUCAACGUUUCAAAUCUGAAUGUAUUACAUUAUAUGAAUAUAUUCAUGUUGGUAUAAGAAUUCUUAACUCAAAUUAUGAUUUUGAAUCUGGAGAAUUAAAAAUUCCAAUAACCUGUCAAUGUCGUUUACAGGAAAGACUAUUUUCACAUAAUCUUCUUACAAUUGAAGUUUAA